UUGAUAUACAUAGAAGCGUCGGUGUAUUUUCGCUUUUUUUCGCGCAAAUGUGUUUGAGCUUUGAACUCACAAUCGUACAUACAAACACGUAUUGGUGUUUCUGCUUUUGUGAUUAUUGUUAUAAGUGCCUGUAAAUAUUGUUGUUGGGUGUUAUUAGAAUUUGCUGCUUGAUUUUUUGGCAAAGUAUUUAUAGAAAAGGUAUUCAGCCAUUCCGUUGAGCGUUUUCACUAACACAUUCCAUAAACAUAUAUACAUACGUACAUGAGAGAGAACGCAAGUUGAAAUUAUCUUGCUGCAUUUGUUUACUUUUUGACUCUGCUUUUAAUUGUUAAGUAAUCGCAAAGCAGUUAUGGUAUUGCUUGGAAAAUUAGCAAUUGUCACAGGCGCUGGUUCGGGCAUCGGGCGCGCCACCUGCCGUGUACUCGCAAAUGGCGGUGCUAAAGUUAUCGUAGCUGAUUGCAAUUUGCACGCAGCUGAGCAAACAGUCAAAGCGAUUGGACGUGAUCAUGCCAUUGCAUUGGAAGUGGAUGUGGCUUCGCUGGAGAGCGUUAGUAAGGCUGUUACUUCAUCGAUAGAGCAUUUCGCGCAGCCGCCUUCAAUUGUAAUCAAUUCGGCGGGUAUCACACGCGAUGGCUACCUACUCAAAAUGACCGAAAAAGACUUCGAUGAUGUGUAUAAAGUGAACUUAAAGGGAACUUUCUUGAUGACUCAACAAUUUGCGCGCGCUAUGAUCGACCAUCAUGUACGCAAUGGAAGCAUCAUCAAUAUAUCGAGCAUUGUGGCACGCAUAAGUAAUCCGGGGCAGGCCAAUUAUGCGGCCACAAAAGCUGGUGUGAUAUCGCUGACUGAAAUUGCGGCCAAGGAAUUUGGCAAGUUCGGCAUACGUGUGAAUGCGAUCUUACCUGGCUUCAUCAAUACGCCUAUGGUGGAUGUAGUGCCGGAGAAGAUUAAGGAAGAUAUGUUGCAAAGAUGUCCAGUAGGGCGUUUGGGACGUCCAGAAGAAAUUGCCCAUGUAAUUGAAUUUCUUGCGUCUGAAAAGUCAUCGUAUGUGAAUGGUGCGGCCAUUGAGGUGACUGGUGGAUUGAAGUAGAUAGGCAAAAUAUUCAUACCAAGCUGACUUUAAAGUUGUUCACGGAUUUAAAAAUUAUCAACAGUUAAGACAAGAACUAUUAUUUUAGUUAAAUUUCAAGAAGCAAAUUUCUUCCUUUUGUGAUUUUUAGUGAGAUUUUAGUUGCUAAAUAGAAAACUUCUCGUCUUUUCCGGCAGCCAUUUAUCAUUUGCUAAAAUAUUUCGAUACGUGUUUUGAGUACUCUCUGGAGCAAUAAAACAAACAAAAAUUCAAUCAAAGAAAAAAAAUGUCACUUUGCAUUUAGUAGAUUUGUAUAAAAAAAUAUAUAUGCAUUGAUUUC